AUGGCGGCCGUUCCAGCUAGUCUCGGCCGUCGCGGGGGCGCGCACGGCCCCUCCCUCUUACGUACCUGGACACCUUACGCUCUCGGCUCGGCUGCGUGCUCGCGCUCCGUUUCUGGUCGGUUCCGUGCGAAGCUCAGUGAUUCGGUGCUGCCUCUCAUCAUCAACAUCAUCAUCAUGAGCUCGGCCGGCGGCGGAGAGUUCGGGAACCCCCUGCGGAAAUUCAAGCUGGUGUUCCUGGGGGAGCAAAGCGGUCAGAGCCCGGGGAGAGGAGAGGGGUGGUGGUUAUGGUGUCUGUGUAUAUUAUAGGAUGUGACAUGAUGGGCAGAAUCUGGCAGCAGGAGAGGCCCCGGUCAUGUUUACAUUGAUAUCAAUGGGGACGAUGGAGGCCUUUUAUCUUCUAGACAGGACCAGCUGGAGGCUGGCAGAGCUGGGGGUGCUAGAGACAGGGCAGGUCUCAGGGAUGUGUUUAUAUAUAAUAUAUAGUGCUCCUGACAGUGGGGGAGGGGGGUGUAUUAUACAGGAGAAGGGCUGUCUGCCAGUGAUAAUGUACAGUAUGAAUAUGUCAGGGCAUUCACAGGCUGUCUGUAUAAAAUAUGCAUUGAUUACAACGUGGUAUAUUCAUAUAUCUGUAUUAGGGACCUGGUAUACAUAUUAUUCUACACAGGUUUAUUUGUAGACUGUGUGUGUAUAUAUAUAUAUAUUGGAAGAUAUGUUUUUUUGUGUCUUUUGUUUUUUUAGAUAUGUUGGCAACACCUUAUUUUUAUAUAGUCAGUCAGACACAGUCCAGAGGUCUAGGUGUGCAGCCAAGCAUUGGAAUAGUGGAAGUGAGGCAUUGCAUUCACAAUGGCAUGGCUUGCUUUUGGAUGCCAGACGUGGUUCUGAAAUGUCAAAAGCAGACUACCUGGAGUUGUCAUUCACGGCAGGCUCUAGAGUUUUACAGAGAAUUCUAUUCGGGGGUUGAAAACAUUUUAGGGGUUAUACCAUUGUACAGUGCCACAGAACCUGUUGGUGCUAUAUAAAUAAUAAUAUGGCAAACCAGGAAUUGAGAAGGGAUUUGCAUGUAAAAGGACAGCAAAAUUUGUAGGACUUGUUUAAUGGGCAAUCCUAAAGACUUUAUGCAAUGGUUUGCCACUUACGGGACUCACCAGGUGCCCAUCUGCCAAGAAUGGUGGUUGAGCCACAUACAGCUUCUGCAGAGGUGCUGGAGUUCAAUACUGCCAUUCAUUUAUUGGUUGAAAACAUCAGUUAAGCAAUGAAUGAGCACCAGUACAUAAUAAUUUUGUGCAUAGCAAAUGCACAUAGUUAAUAUUAGCAUGUAAUGGAAGCAAAGUUCAUUCAGACAGUCCAGAAAAGUGGAAAGGAAUGCGUCCAAAAGCCAAUAUUUGUGUAUAUUUACACACUCACAGGUCAAAGAAGCAAAGGUCACUAGAGCCUGGCAUCCAGGUAGAGUUAGUCUCAACAAACGUAGUAAUCCAAGACAGUGGUAUCACCAACUAACAGUGUCCACAGUAAUGUCUGGUCAGUUAGAAAUUAGUUAAAAAUAAGCUUCUCCAGUGAUUGGAACAAAUUAAAACAACUUUUCUUCCAAAGGAAAAUUUAAAAAAAAUAGCAUUCAAACACCUCGUAAAAGUACAAAAACAGAUGAAUGGAUGAAAGUAAUCCCCACAUUACCUUCCUAACAUUUUUUGUGCUGUGUGGCAAUUAAAGGGAAACUAUAGUUACUAGAACAACUACAGAUUAAGUAGUUGUUUUGGUGUCUGUAGCCUGACCCUGUAGAUAUUUAAAAGGCCAUGGUUACAUUGCUGCCUAGUAACACAUCUGGUGGUAGUCAUUCAGACGGCCACUCUAUAUGCUUCCUAGAUAAGGGCAGCACUGACGUUAAGAGAAUCUACGCUCUGCAUGGAGGCACUCAACGUUCCUCAUAGAGCUGCAGAGAUGCUGAUUGGCGCAGAGCAGCGUCCUGACUUGCAUGCACUAUAGCCUCCCAGUCCUUUCCUGUGGGAAGACUUUGGAUCGGCUGAGAUCAUAAAAUUAAUUCUCUGCUAAGAGACAGAGCUGCGACCAGAACCGGGCAGUACUUGAAAAUUUUGAUUAAAACACCUUCUCGCAGACUCUGAGAUUAAACGUACAUUAUAGUCACCAAAUCAACUUUAGCUUAAUGAAGUUUUGUUGUAUAGAUCAUACCUGUGAAGUCUCACUGUUCAAGUCUCUGCCAUUCAGGAGUUAAAUCACUUUUGUUUCUGCCCAUGCAACCCUAGCCACACCACCUGACUAUGACUGACACACAAACGGUUUAAUUUUCAAUCAGAUAAGUUAACUUGCUUUAGAAGUUAAAAAAAAAAGUUUAAUCUUUUUACUUUGGAUUCAAAGUUAUGUUUUAAUCUGUUCUGAGUAUUUGAGCAGCUCUUUUAUUUUUUUUUUUUAAACUAGUUUUCAACUGACCAUGCAUUACUGCUGACAUUGAUCUUCUUUUCAACUAAUUUCUAACUGACCAGGCAUCACUGUGGACACUAUUAGUCGGCUAAAGCACCCUCUGGGAUGGUUAAGGAACGCUUAUACCUCCAAUAGCAACAUUUAAUAUCUCUGUAUGUGCAGAAUUUUAUACUAAAACAUAUUUUUUUACUUGCCACAACCUGUUCCUCACGGCGCUGCCAUCUUCUUCUGUUAGGUCCUCUUCAGCUCCUAGCAUUCUUCUGCCAGUAGCCCACAUUAAUGCUGUAUGCUCACAUAUGCGCAAGAGUAAAACACUGUCUAUGAUGGAGACGGCAGGAUCUUCCAUAAAAAGUCUUCUUUCCCCCUCCCCCCCAUGCUCCGCCUUUUGUUAAGCAUUCACAAAAUAUUUGAUACUUUUUCUUACCUUUUUUUUAACCUGGAUGGCAAUUUAGUGAAAUUCCAACACAAUCGUUAAGAGCAUUUCAUAAAGAUUUAACUUACAGCAAUGCUGUGCCAGUCUGGGCCUCGCAAAAGGUGGACAGUUGUUCAGCCAGUGGCCCACAGGGAUAUAUCUAUCACAUAUGUCAAAAUGAAAAGCAUCUGAUUGGCAACCACAUAAGCGCCCUUGGACUGCUGCUUAGAAAGCUGGUUGACAUUAAAUAAUAAAAAAAUGAUUUUUAUUAAAGGUGGAUAUAAACUUUAAAAGUCACGAUAUACCCUUUAAAAGGACAGUCUAGGUACCAUAAGCAUUUUAUGUCGUUGUUAUGGUUCCAAUAAUUUGUCUGUGCCAAUCGUAGAUGAUUGGUCAAAUUAGCUUUGAGAGGUUUAGCCACACAUUUGCUCACAACAGUGGUGUGCACAAGGUUAUCACAGAAUUAACAUUAAGUCAAAUCUUGAAACAGAAGAUAAUACAGGGUACUACUUGAACUUCAAGAAAAGUACAACAAAGCGCAUGGGAAUGCAAGAAAAAAAAAGACAUUGAAGAUUUAAACAUUAGUUUUGUCUGAAAAAUCUCAUUUUAUGCUGCAACAUGCAGAUAAUUGGGUCAGAAUUUGGUGUAAAGGUUAUGGAUCAAUUGUACUACUUCUGCCAGCAGUACAAACUUUUUGGGUAAAUAUUCUUGGCAAACAUUGGAUCUCUUAUCAAUUGAGAAUCCUUUGUUACACAGGGUAUUUAAAGAAACACUAUUGGGCCAAGAACACAAACAUGUAUUCCUGACCCUAAAGUGUUAAAACAACCAUAUAUUCUCCUCCCCCCAUUCCUCACUUAAUAUAGUAAAAUAGUACUUGUAUUUAAGUCUGCUGCCUCUGCCCCUGAUUAUUAUUUUAUCAUAUAGCGACAGCAAAUUCGGUAGCGUUGUACAAUGGAAUCUGCCUGCUUGGCUGACAUAAUCAGAAGUGAUUGUGAGCCAAUCACAAUACUUUUCCAUAGUAUUGGCUGAGAGGCAGAUCAGGUGCAGAGCCAGCACAUGUCAAACCCAACCCUGGCCAAUCAGCAUCUCUUUAUAGAGAUACAUUGAAUCAAUGCAUAUCUAUGAGGAAAGUUCAAUGUCUCCAUGCAGGUGGAGACACUGAAUGGCAGUGCUGCUUACUCCAGAGCUUGACAAAUCCCAAGCACCAGGUCGCCAUGGCGACUAAACAUUUUGCCCGGCAGCCUGGGAUUUGUCAGCUUUUUAUCUAAAAUGGACAGCUGGGCAAAUAAUCGAGCUGGCUUUAUGGAGGCGGCCCGCUUAGGGAGCUCAGUGGAGCAUUAAAGCGGUCGGCUGGGGCAGCGUGCGUGCCUCAGUCUCUGCCAGCGUCCGCCUCUGGCGGGCGUCAGUCUCAGUGGGUGUGUGUCUGUUUAGGUACCUGCCCCCUUCCGAUCACAUGAUUGGGUUUUUUUUACUCACCUUUUUUGACCACGCCGUGGCUUGUCCCGCUUCCAUUGCUGAGUUCGUCAAUCUUUAUGAUCUCCCCUAAGCCAAUGCUUUCCCAUAGGAAAGCAUUGGGAGGAUAUUGCGCAUGCUCUGUAUGGAUAACAUUCAGCGCCUCCAUGCAGAGCACUGGCACAGGACUCUCUAGUGGCCGUCUGAGUGACAGCCACUAGAGGUCUUAGUAGGCAGCAAUGUAAACACUGCCUUUUCUCUGAAAAUUUAGUAUUUACAUUGAAAAGGCUACAGGGACAGGCUAUAGGCACCAGAACCACUAUAUUAAGCUGUAGUGGUUCUGGUGGCUAUAGUGCCCCUUUAAAAAAAACAAAUAAAAUGACUCCUAACUUUUUUAGCUGGCUUCUAGAUUCCAAACAAAUUUGUCAAGCCCUGGCUUACUCUGCAGCACUGCCCAAGGAAGCAGCUUUAGCAGCGACGUAAGGAGUGGCCAGCGGAGUUAUCACUAGGCUGUAAUGUAAACACUGCAGUUUUAAUGAAAAGACAGUGCUUACUGCAAAGAGCCCUGAAGUGAAUGAUUCUACUCACUAGAACAAAUACAAUAAGCUGUAGUUGUUCUGGUGACUAUAGUGUCCCUCUAAACAUUGCUUCUGGCAUCACUUGUUACUUCGUGUACAGUAUACACAUUUUUUAAAGGAAUAUUUCUGGCAGGGGAAUGUUACCUGUCACCAAGAAUGCAUCAUCUUUAGCUAGUUCCAUGCAGAUGAGUUUCUCAUCAAUGGGCUGCAGAGUAUUCCAAUCGCAACCAAAUAGGGAGACUUUUUUUUUCUGAUAUGGUGGAAUGGGAGAUUGGCAGCAUUAAAGGGACACUCCAGGCAUCCAGACCACUUCUGCCCAGUGGAGUGGUCUGUGUUUCAACUCCCACCACCCUUAACCCUGCAAGUAUAAUCUGCAAUAAUUACCUUGCAGGGUUAAGUCCUCUCUUAGUGGCUCUCUAUCAGACAACCACUAGAGGGACUUCCGUGUUCCUAAAACCCGAAAAGUGUAUUAAACAACGCUGGACAUCCUCACGCUAUGCAUGAGGACCUCCAGCAUCGCUGGAAUCCCCAUUGGAAAGCAUUAAAUAAUGCUUUCCUAUGGGGAGGUCUAAUGUGUGAGUGUGUGUGUUUGUAUGCGUGCACGCGCACGGCCAUUGUCCCGCAUACGGCUGACAUCGGCGGGGGCGGAGCGUGACCCAGCACCGAGGGACAUCGGCGCUGGAUUCAGGUAAGUCACUGAAGGGGUUUUAAAGGACUACUAUAGGCACCCAGACCACUUCAGCUCAAUGAAGUGGUAUGGGUGCCAAGUCCCUCUAGGGUUAACCCUGCCUGCUGUAAACAUAGUAGUUUCAGAGAAACUGCUAUGUUUACACUAGGGUUAAUCCAGCCUCUAAUGGCUGUCUCAUUGACAGCCGCUAGAGGCGCUUCAGCACUUCUCACUGUGAUUUUCACAGUGAGAAGAUGCCAGUGUCCAUAGGAAAGCAUUGAGAAUGCUUUCCCAUGGACUGAAUGCACGCGCAGCUCUUGCCACGCAUGCGCAUUCAGCCGAUGAUGUCCAAAGAAGGAGAGUGUCCGGCGCUGGAGAAAGGUAAGUGUUUAACCCCUUCCUCCAACUUCAGCCUGGUGGGAGGGGGGACAUGAGGCCAUGAAACGAGGGUGGUUGUUUUUGUUUUUCUGGCACUAUAGUGGUCCUUUAACCCCUUCAGCAACAUGGAAUGGGGGAUGGGAGGGAGAAGGGGCACUGCAGGGUUCUGCAGUGCCAGGAGCUGGAGAGUCCCUUUAAUAUGUGACCAAAAACAAAAAUCCACGAGGAAUGUUUAUGGCUCGUGGCUAAAUAAAAGCUAUGGGGAAUGUGUGUUGUUUUAGCAGUAACUGCGGUCUAAGCAGCUGCAAAUUAACUGUUAUAGUGGCCACUGGCUAUAUAUAUAUAUAUAUAUAUAUAUAUAUAUAUCUCUAUCUCUUAUGGAGUACGGGGGGGGGAGAAAUCUAGAGAUGUAAUAUAUGGAGUGGCCACACCAUUGUGAGUAAUGCAUUAUGGGAAAAUUAUGCAAUCAAAGGGUACUGCAUGCAUUGUAAUGAACCUUGAAACAGAAGUCUGAGUGUUAUAUAGAUUUUUCCAGAACUUGGAAGUGAUGUUAUUUUGUAAGUGUCAAGGUAGUAUAGAGAUUAAAGAACCACUAUAGUCACCCAGACCACUUGAGCUCAAUGAAGUGGUCUGGGUGCCAGGUACCCCAGGUUUUAACCCUUCAGAUGUAAACAUAGCAGUUUCAGAGAAACUGCUAUGUUUACAUUGCAGGGUUAAUCCAGCCUGUAAUGGCUGUCUUCCUGACAGCCGCUAGAGGCACUUCUUCAACGCUGAAUGUGAAAAUCGCAUUCAGCGUGCAGAACGUCCAUAGGAAAGCAUUGAAAAAUGCUUUUCUAUGGAUGUUUAUAAUGCGCAUGCGCAUUCAGCUCCACUCGGGAGCGGAUGUCGGAGUAGGAGGAGUGGUCACCGGCGCUGGAUUAAAGUAAGUAGCUGAAGGGGUUUUAACCCCUUCAGCCCAGCGGGAAGGGGGCCCUAAGGGUUAAAACAGGUUUUGUUUUUUUUCCUCACACUAUAGUGAUCCUUUAAUAUAUGGUGCAGGGGUAAUGUCUCUUUGCUGAGCAAGAGUUACAGUCCUACGUGGCAGAUAUUACAUGACUACCAGCAAGUCCCUUCAGUAUUCUUUUACACAAAUGAAAAGGACAAGUGUGAUUGCUGUCAGCAUGUUCAGUUAAAGGAACACUAUAGUCACCUAAAUUACUUUAGCUAAAUAAAGCAGUUUUAGUGUAUAGAUCAUUCCCCUGCAAUUUCACUGCUCAAUUCACUGUCAUUUAGGAGUUAAAUUACUUUUUCUGUUUAUUCAGCCCUAGCCACACCUCCCCUGUCUAUGAUUGACAGAGCCUGCAUGAAAAAAAAAAACUGGUUUCACUUUCAAACAGAUGUAAUUUACCUUAAAUAAUUGUAUCUCAAUCUCUAAAUUGAACUUCAAUCACAUACAGGAGGCUCUUGCAGGGUCUAGCAAGCUAUUAACAGAGCAGGGGAUAAGAAAAUCUUAAUUAAACAGAACUUGCAAUAAAGAAAGCCUAAAUAGGGCUCUCUUGACAGGAAGUGUUUAUGGAAGGCUGUGCAAGUCACAUGCAGGGAGGUGUGACUAGGGUUCAUAAACAAAGGCAUUUAACUCCUAAAUGGCAGAGGAUUGAGCAGUGAGGCUGCAGGGGCAUGUUCUAUACACCAAAACUCUUCAUUAAGCUAAAGUUGUUCAGGUGACUAUAGUGUCCCUUUAAUGCCAAAUUUCUGCAAAAUUGUGGGAAUCGGCCUAAAGAUCACGAUAAUCUGUAUCCGCAUCGGCCCUGGAAAAAGUGUUCCAUUCCACAUGCUAGCCCUGAAUCACAGCUGAGCUUGAUCUGCUCAGUCACUAUGUUGUGGUUUUAAAUUGCUGCACACAGCUCAUCUGCCGGCAUGGGGCCACUUACCGAGAUGCUGUCACUAGUGACGGCUGUGAAAAGUGUCGAAACUUAAAGGACCACUAUAGUACCCUGAGGGUGCCCCCACCCUCAGGGACCCCCUCCCGCCCGGCUCUGGAAGGGGGAAAGGGGUAAAAACUUACCUUUUUCCAGCGCUGGGCGGGUAGCUCUCCUCCUCCGUUCCUCCCCGUCGGCUGAAUGCGCACGCGCGGCAAGAGCUGCGCGCGCAUUCAGCCGGUCGCAUAGGAAAGCAUUAUCAGUGCUUUCCUAUGGACGCCGGCGUGCUCUCACUGUGAAAAUCACAGUGAGAAGCACGCAAGCGCCUCUAGCGGCUGUCAAUGAGACAGCCGCUAGAGGCUUUGGGGGAAGGCUUAACCCAUUCAUAAACAUAGCAGUUUCUCUGAAACUGCUAUGUUUAUAAAAGAAUGGGUUAAUCCUAGCUGGACCUGGCACCCAGACCACUUAAUUAAGCUGAAGUGGUCUGGGUGCCUAGAGUGGUCCUUUAACUGUGGUUGCUCUACCCUUCCCAUAAAACACAGUGUUAUAAGACAAAGUGGGGACUGCAAAAUGCUCAAAUUUGUUGUUUUUGUUUAGAUUUUUUGCCCUGGGUGAAAGUUGCUUGUUGCUUGGUCAAGUAUAGGUUAUAGUGAUUUGCUAUGCAUGUAUGAUUAAUGGAGUAACAACCUGUCCCCCAAAACAUUGUUUGGAAUCUAGAAGCCAGCUAAAAAACAUUACUUUAAUUGGACUUUUACUGUCUGACCUGAAGAUAAGGAAUGUUCAGACUAUUUAUUUGUUUGCAUACUUUGUUUUGCACAGGGUCAUUCAAUUUACAAAAGCUUUUCACAUUUUCACUUUUUUGUCCUCCUGGCAGUUUUCAGUAAGAAGAUUAUAGUUGAUCUGUAUCAGUGGAGGUUGGAAGGUCAUAGAUCAGCUAAGGGGAAUUAUGGACAGCUUUGUCUGGUGGGAUACGCGUGACUGGAUUAUUGUUUUGUACACGUGUGUGUGGUGUAUGGAGAAUUCAAAAGGUUUUCUUUGCUCAUGAAUUCUCACUGGUGUUUUAUUUGAUAAGGGACCGGAUGAAAGUUUGAUUAGUGUUCCAAGUUGUGUAAUUGGAGGAGGUAAAGGUGUUUAAAUAUGUGCUUAUUGACUAGGGCAAUCCAGAUGUGAUGGAUUGCCAGCAUUAUGGAUGUAACUUGGGUUAGAUUAAUAGUUUUGGAAGACUGAAAAAAUGGUCUCUACACAAAAUAAUAAAGCGGGUUACUCAAAAUUAUUUGCUGCUAAUGCACUCAGGCUUGUAAAAAUAGACAGCGUUCUCUGGGCCAUCAAUAAUUACGAGCAAGUGUGCUACCUUCCAUCAAGCCAUAUGUGACAAUGUUAAAAGUUAAUAUAUAAAGCCUGACUUCUAAGCCAGUGGUAGGCAACAUACGGCACUCAUGAUGUCAUGGACUACAUCUCGCCUGAUGCUUUGCCAGCAUUCUGUAUGUAAGAGCAUUAUGAGAGAUGUAGUCAACAUCUAGUGUUGAAGGUUGUCUCCCCCUGCUCUAAGUAGUAAGAAUGGUCACUCCAUACCCUUGAAGCUUUAAAGUGAAAUCUGCCUUUUUUAUACUCCUCCUAAAUUGAAGUGUUAAUGGCAUGCCCUGUCUCCAAAUGAUAAUCUGUGAGAAUCAUUGGAAUGACCAGGAGGUCAACAGUACUGAUCCUAUAGAUAAUGAGUGUACCCUCUCACAGCUGGAUUAGAGCUAAGAAACUCUCUAUAAUACAGGUGCUGAAUAGCAUUUAUUUUAAAUAUGAGCUACAUAUCGAAGACCUAAAAUACCCUAGUAUAAAAUAGUGUGUGUGUGUAUAUAUAUAUAUAUAUAUAUAUUAUUUAUUUAUUUAUUUGAUGAUGCUUUGCUAAUUCUUUUAGUUGAUCAUCUCACCCUUCCCCCACCUUAAUGCCUGCAUACAUGAGGUACAGUUUAUAUUAUUUGCACUAUACAGGGCCUGUAUGCUAUAGCAUCUUACAAAUUGUCAGUGUGCAAUACCAGAGGAAGGUAAUCUUUGGCACUCCAGAUGUUGUAGCUCUCCCAAAAUGUUCUUAUAACCACAAUGCUGACAAAGCAUCAGGGGAGAUGUCCACAAAAAUGGCUUCCUAUCUGUGUUCUAUGCCUAGUGACCUUUGAACCCUCCUGAUUUUAAGAAUGCAUUAAAGUAACAAGCACCAUCACCACCGCUGCAUGCUUUAUUGGUUAUGGUGCUAGGAGAGCACUGUCACCCUCCCAUUGUAAGAAGUCAUAUUAUUUUAGAGUGGCUUAGCAUACCUGGGGACCGCUGAGCACCGCUCCCUACCUUUACUACAGCUAAAAGUGUCAGAUGCUCUUACUUUGCAAGUCCUUCAUUGCAAGGCUAGCUCAAUGGCUGAAAGUGACAGUGGUUUAUCAGGGCACUACCGGCACCAUAACCACUACAUCAUAAUGUAGUGGCUGUGAUGCUUGAAUUGCUCCAAUAAUAAAAUUUCUCAUUCAAACUUUAAUACUGUGAGAGGGGAGGGAAGUGCAACUUGCUAUUUCAAGUUCCUUGCAUCAAUUAAUAUGGUCAGCCUGGCAGUACAUUUUUACUGUCUGAAAUAAAUUAAGCCCAUAAAUAAUCUUGUUGUUCUUUGCUGUCUAACUGUAAUGUGUUGUGUGAUGCAAGAUGAAGGUAAACAUUUGUAUAGACAGUUUUGGAACCAGAUUUUUUUUUUUUUUAAACUUAACACAUACUUUUUAUGUUGUAUUGCUUUAUUUUAUUUUGUUUUGUUCAAGUGGCAGGGUACUGUGUUUAUGUAAUCAUGGUUGCUUUAGCAAUGAUGUCUGCUUUUUGUCUUAUGCAGUUGGGAAAACCUCUCUCAUCACCCGAUUCAUGUAUGACAGCUUUGACAACACAUACCAGGUGAGUGACUCCGGCUUUAGCAGUAAAACGUCAGUUAAGACUCAUUAAUUUAUCGUUGUAAAAGAUUAAUCCAGACUGAGGAUUACACAGUACAUGAUGUUCUUAUUGUCGUUUCUAAUUACCUGCCAACUGUAUGCUGUCUGGCCGUAAUCACCAUUUGAGUGCAAAAAAUUUAAAAAGUCAACAAAUACCUCAAGUGUAAAGCCUCUGUACAAUUGUGUAUCGGAUGCCAAACAACAUAGAAGUCAUUAUGGACAUUGUUGAAUAUUUACAAAUAAUUAAAAGCUUUAGUUUUGAAUUGCAUAGUAACUUGUGAUUCUAAAAAGGAUGGGUUUUCUAAUGUCUUUGUAAACACAGGGACAUAGUAGAUUGAGGGAAAGACAAUAGUGCUAUUUCCCAAAUAAUGCAUUAACAAAGCCUACUUGAGACUGCUUUGUACUAUUUAUCUCUAUAAGGACGGAGUACGAGUUCUGAACUAAAACAAAAUGUAGAAUUUGAGCUAUAUGUUUGUGCAACAAUAAUUCACCACUUUCACAUGAAGUCCCCCCUAUAUAUCAUUUUGUUCAAGAGAAAGUAUGCUUUUAUUUCACUAUAUAUAUAUAUAUAUAUAUAUAUAUAUAUAUAUAUAUAUUUAUAUAUAUAUAUAUUUAUGAAACAUAAUGUAAUAUGAAUAAAAGCUUUAAAAAGGUGUGAGAAAAUACAAAAUGUAAGUUUUGCAAUGCAUGUUAACUGUGAAUGUCAUACUGUUAGCAUUUACUGCAAUAAAAUACACAUAUUUGUAUGCUGUAAUGUCCCACGAGUGCAACGAUGGCCCCCCAUGUACAGGUUUCAUGGAGUUUUGGAAAGUUACAGGGUAAAAUAUUGGGCUUGCCCAUUUCAAUUUUUACACAUUUAAAUUUGCCAGAUUGGUUUGCUGGGCCUCUGUUGUCUUAGACUGUAUGGCAGCCCAGGAAUGAAAAAUAACAUCAGCAUUAUACAUUUUACUGCUCUAAAACACUAUUACUUAUGUUCAGCUUAGUCUCACUAGUACAACAGUACUCUCCAUGACCUUUUCAGCCUUUAUACCUGGACAUUUGACAAAGUGAUUUUCUGGGCCUACGUCACCUUUGAGAGAGUUUGGCAGUCUGAAUAAUAAUUUUCCACCGUUACGGCAUACAAUUUUCAAAAGUGGGAAACGCAGAGUACUCCAAAUGGCAUAUUUUAAGAUGUUUGAUCUAGCCACUUUAUGCAGGCCCUAUUUUGUGGUUAUAUUUUUCAUUUGGGGUUUUUUCACACUCAUGAAUACCAUUCUCACAGAACAAUUCAUAAUCCUGAUGCGUAAGUGUAAUAACGCCUCAAUAUUUUUACUUGGCAUUGUGUCAACAAAAAAUCGGCAAUUUUGAUGUCACCGAGGAAGCGGAUUGGUGGUGUUUGCCUGUGAAACUGUCUGCCUGCUGACAACAUCAGAAGUGGUGGUCUGAGACAAUCACAAUGCUUUCCAGUAGGAUUGGCUGAGACUGUCAAGGAGGCAAAUCAGCCAGCACAAGUCAAACACAGCCCUGGCCAAUCAGCAUCUCCUCAUAGAGCUGAAUUGAAUCAGUGCAUCUCUAUGAGGAAAAUUCAGUGUCUGCAUGCAGAGGGUGGAGACACUGAACGUUGUGAUGCAUGCUAGGCAGGACUGCUUAAGGAAGCCCCUUUAGCAGCCAACUAAGGAGUGGCCAGUGGAGUUGUCACUAGGCUGUAUUGUAAACACUGCAUUUACCCUGAAAAGACAGUGUUUACUGCAAAAAACCUGAAGUGAAUGAUUCUACGCGCCAGAACAAAUGCGAUAAGCUGUAGUUGUUCUGGUGACUAUAGUGUCCCUUUAAACAGGGACAGGGCAAGGUUAGGGGAAUCCAGACAUCAAGAGGUUUUUGGUAUAUCAAGCCAAUACGUCAGUACAGGCAGCUAACAAAGAUUAAUCAGGACAAGAAUCCAUAAUAAUCAAACUAACAAAGUCACAUACAGAGUGAUUCAACAGUUCAGUUCUCUGUAUGGUAAAGUGAAAAGGCCUGUUAUGCAGAGGGCAGCUAGAGAUGGGCAGGAAUGGACGUAAUUUCUAGAGUUCUCUCAAACCCUUUCUUAUAAACUUGACACUUUCUCUGGGAUGACUUUUGCAGGGUGUGGAGGGGAUUUAGGAAGGAACAUGCUUGAUACAAACUCACUGCACAUCCUCUGAUUCCAAAGAGGGACUAUUGAGGGACUGGGUAAAUAAAAUAUCGUACAAAAGUUUUAACAUAAAAGCAAGAUAUGACUUCCCUGUGAAUAUUGAUGUGGAUAUUGGUCAUCUUGACAUGCUGCCUGUUUUUAUUUUAGGCUACAAUUGGAAUAGACUUCCUCUCGAAGACAAUGUAUCUGGAGGACCGCACGGUGAGUAAACAGCCUUCUGUGUCAAUAUCGGUGAUAAGCUCCACGUAUCUUGCAAAACAAAUUGAUUUAAGUUUUAAAGACUUGUGGAUAAAAUAGAUUUGGUAUAAUUAUGCUGACACAUUGUUGCUCUCUUCAGAUUUUUGGUACUUUUUUCAGUGGAUUUAUCAUAGAUUGCAGGACACUUGUAUUCUCUCCCUUAUUCCCGACCCAGUUUUGCUUUUGUCAAACAUGGCAUUGUCCCCCUAUAGAGCAUCGUUUUAUCUAUACUGUAAUUUGUGCUAGCAAAUGAAUAAAUGGAAAGUUUUGGGGUUGUUUUUUUUCAAAUGCCUCUUAAAGCUGCAAGUAUGGAGGUCAUGUAGGUCGCAUGCAGCUAUACUUGCAUGCUACAAAUUGUGGGAAGCCACGCACAUUAUAGUACACAGUAUUGUAUACUACACUCAAGGAAGAGAUCUUUUAAUCUAUAAACUUACUGGUGAAUUUACUAGCACAGUCUGUAGACUAAAUCGGUACACACCUGGAAGUGAAAUUAGUCUAGACCAGGAGAGAAGAAACCUUUCCACCUACAAAAAAAGGAUCCUUUAUUCAAGUAAAGUGUACAUCACAGCUUGGCCAUGCCAAGGCAAAACCUGGAUUAGUUCGUGCCUACUCUGGUACUAAGGGUGGAGUAGGCACAAAACAUGUCAGAAUUCAUCCAGCACUUCCUUCUGUAUGCCCUAGUCGUCAUGUACACUUUACUUAAAUAAAGGAUUUUUUUAGUUUGUUUUUUGUUCAUUGAGGUGUUUCCUUUCUCAUUAUGGAGGAAUCCAGCAAACUAGUCAAAUUUCAAGUCUCAACCACUAACAGAACCUGCAUGCUUCUCUCCCAGGACUAAGGUACAUUUUAAUUCCUGUGUUUUAUACUCUGCGUUUGUUCUUAUUGCCUCCGGUGAUUUAAUUUUUUUUUUAGUUUGUGAAGAUUUCACACCUGACAUUGAACUUUUCGUCAACUAUAUUUUGAGUUAAAAUGACACUCCAGAUGCUGAUAGCGCUUUAGCUUGCUGAAAGGAUUUAUGUGUGAUGUUAGUCUUCUUUUAUUCAUUUCAAAAAGUGCAGAUUUCAAUAGAAAGUUACAGUUUUAUAAUUCAGCCUGGUUACACCCCUUGGCUUUCAAGCACACAACAGGUCCUGUUACAUCUUGGUUUUGUUAACUCAAUGGAGAUAAACUCAUGAGGUAUCAAAUAUGUCUUUGUCCCGCCCUCAGCCCCUCUGUGUGUGUCUUUGUCCCGCCCUCAGCCCCUCUGUGUGUGUCUUUGUCCCGCCCUCAGCCCCUCUGUGUGUGUCUUUGUCCCGCCCUCAGCCCCUCUGUGUGUGUCUUUCUCCCGCCCUCAGCCCCUCUGUGUGUGUCUUUGUCCCGCCCUCAGCCCCUCUGUGUGUGUCUUUGUCCCGCCCUCUGCGUGUGUGUGUGUCUUUGUCCUGCCCUUUCAUCCUGAUGAAAGUCCACAAGGACCGAAACGUUGAUCCAAUUUUAAGAUGAACCUAAUAAAGCAUUGAAGAUUUUAUCACAGACCGUGAGUGCAGCUGACGUUUGUUGAUAUAUGUGCACUUUUGUAAAAUAAAGGGUUACACCAUUCAUUUAAAAUCAAGCUAAAGUGCUUUAGGUGUCUGGAGUGUCCCUUUAAGGAAACAUUUGUUGUACAUGUUAACGUUAUUUAAUUAAAAAUAUAAAAAAAAUUAUUUUUAUAUUUAUAUGCUAUAAUUCUGUAUCCGUCUCUCUCUUGCUAUCUCCGGAAUAUUACCAGCAGGUGCGACUGCAGCUCUGGGACACAGCCGGACAGGAGAGAUUCCGCAGUUUGAUCCCUAGCUACAUCCGUGAUUCCACCAUUGCAGUAGUGGUGUAUGAUAUCACAAGUGAGUAUGAAAAAAAAUAUUUUAGAAUUUUGAAUAUAUAGAACACACGCAUAAAGCGAUGCAAAAAAAUAUUUUACAAGAUUCAAGUAAAAAAUGUCUGCAGCAGGCAUCUGUGGUGUGCCAGCAACAUCUUGUUAAACAACAUUGAAAUGUGCAGUGUGAAACUGCCAGAAUAGAAACCAUUCAACGAAGAAUCGUCACACAGGAAAAGGGAUACGUACAUAUUACUGGACCUUAGAGUGGUUGGCCUUAACAUAAAAACCACUAUGUCUUGGUCAGGAGUACAUAAAUCAGUGUGGACAAGGGAGGAACAAAAACAAGUUAACAAACCAUAUACAAUUCGCAGAAGGAAACCAUAACAUGGCACUGAACAAAUGUAAAGCUCAAUUAUUUAUAGGCCUGGGUGUUUAUUUCAUAGCCACACACCAAACACGAGUGGGUGCUAACAAUGAUGUGAUGAUGCCAUGGAGUGGGUUUGUCUUAAUGUCAUGAAAGGUGCAGAGGUACAGUAUCCAGAAUCAGAAAUGCUAGCAGAGGUCUCUAAAGGGUUUUGGAAUUGAUGUAGUGCCUAUUUGGUGAGUGGGUUAGUGCAAGUGUAUGUAUGAAACUUAAAGAAUAUUUUUAUAUUAGUAGUAUUCAGUCUUAUCAAAUUGCGUGGCACAUAAAAGAGAAGCAACAGAAAAAUAAACCUAGUAUUACAUAACCAACAUAUAUAUGUACGUUUGUAUUGGAAUUGCACAAUGUACAAUCAGGUUGAAUGCUGUUAGGAAUUAAAGGAACACUAUAGUGUCAGGAUACAAACAUUUAUUCCUUACACAAUAUUCCUGAUGUGGUAUUUUAAGUGACUGGCCCCACUCUAUUCAUUGCGAAAAUGUGAUUUUACUCACCUUUUCUCCCACUCCAAACUGGUCUCACCACUGCUGGCUCCGCCUCCAUGGCUGAUAAAAUUAAUCUUGAUGAUCUUAUCCAAUCCUUUCCCAUAAGAAAGCAUUAGGUGGCAAAUCAUCGCUCUGCUGCAUUCAGCAUCUCCUUAUAGAGAUGCAUUUAAUGAAUUCAUGCAGAGCGUGGAGAUGCUGAAUGCCAGUGCUGUGCAAUGUGCAGCACUGGAUUAGGAAGCACCUCUAGUGGCCGUCUGAUUGAAAAAGCAGUGUUUACAUUGAAAAGUUUGACACUUUAAGUUGUACUGGGUCUGGUGACCAUAGUGUCCUUUUAGGCCCAUUCAUGAGUGAGCCUUUACCCAAAUGCUGUCAUUUUGUGAUACAGGCAUUUUUAUUUAUUUUUACCAUUUUUGCGGUGUUCCUGUCACCAUAAUUUAACACUUUCCCUUUAAAAAAAAUGGUAUAUAUUAUGUAUGGAUAAAGAAUAGAUAGGGCUUUCUUCUGAUAUGAUAUAGGUAUACUAACAAUACUCGUUAUGAACAAAAGUUUUAUUUUUUUGUUUUAUUUCUCCCCUUGUCAUGGGACAGUAAUUGGUUCUGAUUGCAAGAAAGAUGGAUGCUUAAAACUGCAACAAACUGCAGCCACAGGAUAUAAACAUGUCUAGCUAAAAUAUAACAAAUGCAAAUAAAAAUGUUAGUGAAAUUAAAAAUUGUUUUUAAUCAUAACGCCGUUCAACCAAAAGUUGCUUGAAGUUGCAUCACUGGUUCAACACUGCUGUAUUCUCGCAGGCCUGUGUUAAAGAUCCCAGAAGACUACGGACACUGGGAUUGUUCCAUUCUUAAUUUAUAGUAGCUUCAAUUAUGUGUGUGUCUUUAAGCUUAAAUUUAACAAUUGACUAUUAAAGAAAUAUUCCAGGUUGGGGUGUAACCAUUUUCUAAUGCAUUGUACAAAUAAUGCAUUAAAAAUAUAUACAAAAAUUAAAAGUAGAUGACCGAGCCACUCUGAAUGUAUUUUUUCUACAUCAUUCUUUGCAUAUUUUGCCAAGAUCCCAACCUGCCGCUCUGGGGGUGGAGCAUGGGUGAGUUAUACUUACUUGAUGCCAUCACUUGUAGCUGCCACCAUCUUCAGUCUGCAACUCUUGGUGCUUCAUCUGCAAGUAAGCUCAUGGAGGUGUUUCAGCAUAAUAAAAUAUGAUUUUAGCGACUUAGGAUAGUUAGAAAAAAAAAAAGGGUAAAAAACCUUGUGUAAGUAUCUGCUUGAGAUUCAGAUAUCUGGAAGAAGGUCUUUCAUUGCCAUAUAAGGGGAAACAGGCUUGUGGCAAAAAGAGUAUGAUCGCCAGAGUGUAUUCUUUCCCUUCUUGAUUCCUUCCACAAUCUCCACUGGAAGAUAUAUCCCAGUCUCUAUUGGCAAGAAAGGGUGUCCACUCAAUCUGCCAGAGUGUGGAAACUGCAAGACCUAAAAUGUUGCACUUGUCUUUUUAAAAAGAUGCCAUUAGUUUGGGGGAGGCGAACUUACUCAGAAAGUCUGCUUCUUGGGGGCAGGGCUUAUGCUCAAUGGCGGCUGUCAGCAUUUCAUGUGAGCCCCUCACACAGCUCUUAUAAUUGCACAACUCUCAGCUUGCCAAACAGAUUUAUUCCGCGAGUUACCUACCUCUGGUGCCACAAGGGGUGUUUUGGUUUAUCUUUAAGUGCCUGCUACUGCAUACCCCAGAGGAUCAAAUGGUGCCUAGUUGAGUCGCCGGACAGGAGAGGCACCCUCACGGAUCUUAAAAGCUGACACGUUCACCCCCACUAUGGGCAAAGCCCAUGUACAAGCGCCUUUACCCUUCAACACCUGCCCGUCUUGGAUGAAGGCUGUUAGGGGUUUGACCCCAUUGCACCACCCACGCAGACGGAAGAACGAUUGCCGCCAGAGAUGACUGACCACCGAGGUCUUAUGCAAUUUUCCAAAAGGGAAGGACUUAGAAGCAAGCUGGGCCAUCCUUUCAGCUCCAGGCUUGAUCGAAGGUCUACAUUGUCAAGCCACAAACUUGGGGGAACUUUGAGUCUAUCUUGCAGCUCCCCCAGGCGGCUUGUACAUUAGUCCUGUGUCUGCCCAACCUGGGAAUGGGCUGAAAAAGCACUAACCCGAUCUGCUAGCUUGUUUUAUUUGCAGUUCCUUUAUUUUCUAUUGACGCUGCCUCGCGAUGUUUAUCGUACAUAUUUUUGCUAAAAUGUCCUUACAAACUUAUAUGCCUAACUAUUAAAUUGGGCAGACUAGAUGGGCUGAAUGGUUCAUAUCUACCGUCACAUUCUGUGUUUCUACGCACUUAAAAAAAAAAAAUUUAAAAAAAAGUCCAAAAUAAAUAGCCUGCUUUUUUUGUUUCUCGCUCCCUGGUGGGUGGUUAGAAGUCUGAUACUGUAAAUUACAUUGUGCCCAAUCCAUGUGAGGGUACAGGAGCUAUUCUUGUCUCUUGCUCCUGGUUCUACCAGAGUUGUUUAGGUAGGCAACCAUGGUAGUAUUGUGCACUUGUAUUUUGACCCAUCAGUGUUAAAUAUCCGGUGCACAAUUGCUUGGGAAAUUGCACAAAGCACCAGGAGAUGACAUGAGAUCUCCAAUCAAGUGAGGCUAUUAGCACUGGGUGUACUAUGUUCCCCGGUGUUCUCAUCAAUCUGACUGCAGUGCAUACGAUGCCAGAACUCUUGAAGGAAUCACUUUAAAAGGAAACUCUUUGAACAGGUUGCAAUUCUCGACCCACCAAUAGUUAUUUGUUUGACACACUGGAUGCCUCUCUGUUUCUUUUGGUUCAGAAAACGUGGGCCAUUGAACUCAUUUUAUAAAUUUCGUAAUAUUAACAAACCAUACCAUACUCUUGUAGCAUGGAUAGUGGUAUGCCCCGUGUGCAUCCAUCAAGAUUUUGCUAUAACCAACACAUUGUCAAAGUAGUUUAUAAUGCAGUUUGCUUGAAGCCCGAUCUUUGUAAUUGGUCACCAAAACUCUGAAGAACAACCUAAGGGUGGUGCAGUGGUCGUAUCAGUGAUUGAAAUUUUGACUGAGAUUUCCUUAGUGUGAAGCUAAGGAAGCGCUGAUGAAUGUAUAAGUAGGUGUCCUUCAAAUCAGUAGACAAAGACCAGUCUCUCAGGGACACCACUUUAAUGAUAAGGCCUAGAAUUUCAAGAAAGCGUUCAAUCUGUGUAAGUCUAGAAUAGGUCUUCACUCUGCCUUCCCUGUUUGAACAAGGAGAAUGCAAGAGUAAAAUCCUUAGCGACCAUCUGCUCAAGGAACUGGGCAUGACUCAUUAUAAAAUGAUAACAGUAGUGCUCUUCUAGAAGUUUUCAUUUUCCCAACUCUACUGGAAAGUGACUCAGAAUCUUGAUGGAGGAGAAUCUUUAAGUUUCAGGUAAUGUUGUAUGAAAUAAUCUUCCUGGCUUCUGGAACUGUUUGAAUUUCAGACCUGGUGACAGUAAGAAAGUAUACAGAAUAAACAUACCUGCAAAAGACCGAAUAUAGCUGUCACCAGAGCAAAGCAAGGGCCUCUGUAGCUCCACAAUUACCCAUGUUUCAAGAUUUCUAGCUUCACAGCUGCCAAGAAAAAUGUGAGGAAUGCAGCAAAAUCCAUAAAACCAAGCUGCAAUAAGCACCCAGCAUAUAAAUUGAAGCUGACAGAACCCAGAAAUUGCCACAACUUUGAAAUUUCUUCACCCUGGUAGGGGGAACACAGUGGGACUUCUCCAGAAUAUACUCACAAAUAUGUCUCUACCUUACAGAGUCACUCCAGCUGUUCCCAGUUAAAUGGGAAAAUCUCUUCUGGAUAUUGCCAGGAAAGUGUUAUGCCACUGUGCAUAGUUCAAGAAUUGUAUGCACCCUUUUAAUUUCAUUGAAGUUAAUAUUUGUUUAUAUUAUUUUGUUCACCUUGAAUUGUUUGUCUGGUUCAUCAUGCACAGAUCUAAACUCAUUCCAGCAGACAUCCAAAUGGAUAGAUGAUGUCCGGACAGAGCGGGGAAGUGAUGUCAUUAUCAUGCUUGUGGGGAAUAAAACAGAUCUGGCAGAUAAAAGGUAAAUGCAAAAGAUGUUCAGAUCAACAGAUUACUGGUGCUGUUCAUAACUCACUUAAAGUACUAUUGUACUACAAGCUAUUGUUUCAGGAGUCUCAACGGGUUCUGUCUGUAAUGUUUAACUUAUUUGUAGUUGGUGGUUUUAUGUGUAAAAGACUUCAUCAGCGUUAUUUACUAAAGUGAAAUUCAAAGUGAAUUUAAGAUUUAAGACCAAAAUAGCCGACCUGGAAAAAUUCUCCUAGUCUGCAAUGUUUCAAGUUUGGCAACCUGGACCAUAAAUUUUAAAUUCAUUUUGAAUGUCUUCACUUUCGCUAAUUACCUGCAUAUGUUGUUCCAGCAAUUUUUCAUGAUGCUGGAGAGUUUUUGUUUUUCUCUAUCCAGGUUCCUUACUUAACCACUUAGCCGAAUUGCCUCUUUGUAUUACAUUUAUAUUUUUAUACGUUUGCUACUCAUUCAUCUUUUCUUUUAUUUCUCUUUUAUCAUGUCAUUGUUUGAAAGCUUGCCCAGUGGUACUGCUACAUGUUGUGCACACACAGUUAAACAUACUUGUGCUGCAGUUAAUGAGAGCACAUGUGAUGUGCAUGAAUGUAGUACUUCCUGCUGGAUCUUACUUUGCAUGAAUUCUGAUUUGUUUUAUCCUUGUUUUCUUCACUCCUGCAGUCAUCCUCUUCACCUCUUUUGUAUCUUUGCUGUUUCUUUCAUCAUCUUAGUUUCCUUUUUGAUUUGGUCAUUUUUAUUUUUGAGUCAUUUGGUUUUGUUCCAUUGAUAUAGACAGGUUUCUGUACAGAGGGCGACAGGCAACUCGGGGACUGCAUGCCUUGUAUAUUGAAAAGAAUUCUAAAGCAGGAUGUAUUAGCACACAGGUACGUUCGUUAAUUGCUGCCCUAGCCAAGAACAGCUUUCUUCACCUGUUUUGUCAACCACUCAACUAAAGAUGAUAAAGGAGGCUCUUUGAAUCAUUGUACACAAAUCGAAUACUCAAACUAAAAAGCCUAACAUGUAAUGUUUACAUUGUGUUUGGAAAAAGAAAGUGUGUAUGUAUAUAUAAAAUGCUGUUCUUAAAGGCAACACACAGGCCAGGUAAUAGCAAACUAGGAAUUUCUUUACUUCCUCUUUGUGCUGCCAGAUUUGUCCAAUUUGUACAUAUGGAGAGCAGUCACAGCUCUUGCCACAUAGCAUAAUAUAGCUGCUGUCUGUUUAUUAAGAAGUUCCACUCAUCCUGUUAGAUACUUUGAUCUUUCUCCUCGUAUUGAAGGGGUUAUUGGCAUAAAUUGUCCAAAAGCUGGUUCUCUUCUGUUUAUUUUCCUCUUCAAACUGUUUACAUUUCUGGUUUUAGACAAAUCACUACUGAAGAAGGGGAACAAAGAGCCAAGGAGCUGAGUGUUAUGUUCAUUGAAACUAGCGCAAAGACAGGUUACAAUGUAAAGCAGGUAAUGUUUUGUAGAAAGUACUUUUUUUUUGUUUGUUUUUUUGGUUUUAGGAAAGCACUAAAGUUUGUAAAACUUGAGUUUGGUUUUGGAUGGAUGCAAAUUUGUCUAUCGUUUCUUGAUGCUCAAGUCCUUAUAUGCCUCACGUAAACCAAAAUAACGCUGAUUGCCUGCUCCACAGCCCCAUCACAUAUAAUAAUAAUCACUGUGGCUUUAGUGAUAUAGAGCAUGCAGCCAGCGUAAUAAUUUAAAAGUAGACUGUGACUAAAUAGGACUGGAUGGUCAAAUAUAAAUUGCUGAAAAUGUAAUCAUUUGUGCCUUUUAUUGACUGCCUACUAUAUAUGUACACAGAUUAUCCACAAUAUUAAAACCAUGGGGCAGCUGAACUGAAUAACAUUUUAUGUUAUAUCGUUACAAUGGCACCUGUUAAUGGGUGGGAUAUAUUAUUCCGCAAGUGAACAUUUAGUUCUUGAAUUUCCUGUAUUGGAAGCCAAAAAAAUGGCAAGCAAGAUGUUCUGAAUGACUUUGAAAGGGGCCAGAUAGUGAUUAUCACGAAUGCACCCUACUCAAAGUGUGUGUGCACGGUUCUGGUGGUGAAAGGGUUAAAAUUCACUAUUUGUCUGCACUCGACCAGAAAUAAUGAUGAUAAUUCCCCCUUAACACAACCCACACUUAAUUCUUUUAAUAUAAAUAUUACUAUAUUAUAACACUGCCACCACCAAGACAAUUUCUAAAUGGGAUACCUUGGUUCCCCAAGGAAAUUAAAAUACAAACCAACCAAAUAAGUUAGCGCAAUAUCUAUGCAAUUUCAAAAUACUAAUAAAUUGAUCUAAUCAGGUAACGUGAGUCUUUACCAGACAAAGACAGAACUUAAUAAAGGAAUAUUUAUUAUGAACAAACAGUCACAGUGCAUAUAAAAAAAACAAAAAAACAAGAUGACCAACAAAUGAAUUACACCAGUCAACAAUAAUAAUAAAAAGGAGAACUUAACAGAAAAACCUAACUACUCACUUAGGUGGUAAAGUAACAGUAUUCUGUGGGGGGAGCGUGGGAGUAGGUCUCCUGGGCGGCAGCAAUGACCACAGUACACAUCAGCUCCAAUACAUAUAGUAAAAACUAAAGAAAAAGUUACCUGCGCUCUUUGGUUUCUUUUUUUGGUUUUUACUAUAUGUAUUGGAGCUGAUGUGUACUGUGGUCAUUGCUGCCGCCCAGGAGACCCUCUUCCCACCCUCUCCCCACAGUGCAGAGAAUACUGUUACUUGACCGCCUCGCAGUCGUUGCUGCCGCCAAGGCGUGAUGGGAGUGAGCGCAGGACUUCUUUUUCUAUUUGUAUUUACUUUUUGUAUCACACAGCUAGGUUACAAUGCUGCCGCCCAUCCCAUGUGUUCCCUAUUAAUGGAUAAUACGUAUAUAGGGGUGUAUAUAAAAAAAUACCCCUUUCUGUCUCAUUAGAGAUCUCUUUGCCAGAGGCUCAAGGAAGCAAGAUGAAGGGUCAGUGUUGGACCCGUCUAGGGGGGGGGUCUGCCUUGAUGUUGGCAGGCGGGCAUUCCCUCCAGGAGCCAUUGGAGUAACUAAAUGACCUCCAUUUGUUUAACCCCUUAAGGACCAAACUUCUGAAAUAAAAGGGAAUCAUGACAUGUCACACGUCAUGUGUCCUUAAGGGGUUAAAUACACAUAGAGAUUAAUGAGAGAGCGCAGGUAACUUUUUUUUUUUUUCUUCUUUGGUUUUUACUAAUCUAAAUAGAAACUUUGAUUUUAUCUCCUCUUGCCACAGAAUUAUUUGCAUCUAUACAUUUGUCAUACUUCCUAUUUAUGACCUUUAUAUAGCAGACUUCACAAUUCCUUCAAAACGGCUUAUACUUUUUGUAGUUGUGCUCUCUAAAUAUGCACAAAAGGAGACAUGAUUAAUAAUCUGUGGGUUAUCAUCCAUGUUUCUUUCGCAUAUGACUAUGACAAACAAUUGUCUCCUCAAUACGAUCGGUCAUAAGAAUAUCAAACCAAUCCAUUAUCUGUGAGGAGAUAUAGGCAUAUGGUGAAAUAGUUAGUUUACAUAGACAAAGACUCAGAGGCAACUCAUAUGUAACAUUUCACAUCUUUGAGGGGCUAUGGAGUCACAGCUUCAAAAGAGCUGUAAACCUUCUGUUGUAUACCAUAUUCCUAGAUACUUUCUCAUAUUAUCCUCUACCAUCAAAUUGGCCAUAACACCUCUACCAAGCAGACAAUUCAUGUACAAACUACACAAAUCACAUUCAAUAUCAAUAUUCUAUAAUGCAUAGUGGUGUGACACUGAUGGCUAGACCUCUCCAAAAUGGCAAGUAUUGUGGGGUGUUCCCGUUAUGUAGUGUAUAGCACCUACCAAACGUUGUGCAAGGAAGGAAAACCAGUGAACGGGGUGGGGGUGGGGAGCGAAGGCUAGUCUCAGGUGCAAUCACACAGAAGAGCUGCUGUAGCUCAAAAAACUUAAUGCUGGCCAUGGUAAAUUGGUGUCAGAACACACAGUGCAUCACUUGUGGGGCUGCAUAGCCACAGAACAGUAAAUCUUCCCUUGAUGAGCUUUGUCCAGAACUGAAAGCUCCUUUAUCAGAACUGGACCAUGGAGCAAUGGAAGAAGUUUACCUGAUCACAUUUUCUUUUAAACCAGGUGGAUGGCUGUAUGCGUGUGCAUCUUUUAGCUGGGGAAGAGAUGGCAGCAGGGUAAUCUGUGGGGAAAAGGCAGUCCAGCAGAGGCAGUGUUAUUCUCUGGGCAAUGUUCUGCUGGGAAACCUUGGGUCCUGGCAUUCUUGUGGAUAAUAAUUUGACAUGUACCACCUACCUAGAGACUAUUGCAGACCACAUACACCUAUUCAUGAUGGUGGUGUUACCUAAUGGCAAUGGCCUCUUUCAGCGGGAUAAUACACGCUGCUACUGUGCAAAAAAUGUUCAGGAAUGGUUUGAGGAACACGACCAAGAGAUUAAGGUGUUGCUUUGGCCUCUAAAUUCACCAGAUCUCAAUCCAAUUGAGCAUCCUUGGAAUGGGCUGGAACAACAAAUCUGAUCCAGGGAGGCCCCACCUCUCACCUCCGGCUUUAGUGAUAUAGGACUUAAAGAAUCUGAUGCUAAUGUCUUGGUGCCAGAUACCACAUGCAUUUGGAGUCCAUGCCUCCGUGCAUCAGAACGGUAUGGGCAGCACAAGGGGGACCUACAUGAUUUUAGGCAGGUGAUUUUAAUCUUGUGGCUGAUCAGUUUAUAUGUUAAAUACCAGGUGCUACCACACUUUGUGUUCCCCUAUAACCACCCGAUACAAAGCUAAACAUGUGAAUAAAUGUGACAAAUAGUGCAAAUCACACAACACCAAACAUCAACACCAAAUAUGAUGAUCUUAGCCAAGGGGUUGGAGGCAGUCACAGGUGUUUGGCGCGGUGCUGGAAAAAAAUGCAAGUUCAAUACCUUUUUAAAGAGUGCUGGGAGCACUGUAGGGUCAUUAAUACACAUUUGUAUACUAACAAUAUAGUGUUCAUUUAAAUUUAAAGGAACACUCCAAGCACUAUAACCACUACAGCAUCCUAGUGCAUUGUAAGUAUUCAAAAUGUCAAAAUAGCAUGUCUUCUGUGUGACUCGAAGGCCUCUAUGUUGAGCUAAACCCAGUUGUGCAGAGUUUAGAUUUGUUAUUUGAGCGUAAUUAGAUGAUGCUCUCAGCAAUUGAGCUGUUCCCGAGCUUCAGGGUGUUGCUCAAGAGAGCAAAUGUGCAUGAGCUUCCGAAUUUCAGUGCAGAAAGUGACUGGUGCCCGGCAGAACCCAGGUAAUAUGUAAACAUUUUAUCAAUUUGAAUACUUAUAUUGGGGGCUCCAGGCCACUCCUGGCACUCUGUAGCGGGAAUAGUGUUUGUAGGGUUACUUUUUAGGGACAUUUUACUACCCAGAUCCAAAUAUAUAAAAGCACCUACAUUCCAAAAAUGUAUAUAUUUAAUUAUGCAUUUUUUCAAUGGGGUUAUAGCUAAAAGUGCUUAUGAAAGUUGCAGAUCUAUUUUCUGAAGCCUGUGCAAGCCAUUCCCUUUUUCUGUGGCUGUCCAAUCACUGACUUCAAAAUGCAGCUCAAUGAGAAGUUUUUGAAACGCAGGUGUUCUAAGCAAUUGUCUUCCUCUUGACACUUUUUGUAAAAUUCGAAAAAGAGAAAACUUGUCACACAUAAAUCAUUUUAAAAAAGCUACAUUGUUUUAGGUGAAUGGAGAGUUCCUUUAGUUAGUGUCCCCAUAGAUGAUCUAAAAGUUAUGAAUUCCGUGUCAACUGUAGAUUUCCAGAGUAUUACAUUCCCAAACACCUAGUGGAGAUACUGAAUAAUUCCCUAAAGGUUAGGAAGCAGACGGGCCCCACUGCAUCAAGACUUGGAAGUUAGAAGAUAAGAGUAAGCAGAACUUAGAAGUGACAUAAAAUACAUUUAACACAAACUCAAGCUAUUACCUUUUGAUUCUGUAUUGAUUUUUUUUUUUCUUCAGUUUUGGUUCUAUUACAUGCCAUUAGCACCAAGGCUAGAUUUGUCCACGAGGUUCAGUCUGUACCACUGGUGCACUCUUAGAAAAGAAAUAUACCUAGGCAACUGAUGAAUUGGUGGGUUUUUUUUUGGUUUGUUUGUUUGUUUUAAAUCACUUACUCUUAUAAGAAUGUGUGCUGUAACGACAAUGUAAAAGUAUUCUUUACACACACAUUGAAAAAAAGAGAGAGCCAUGUGUUAACAAAAGUCUAGAAAGGUUUCCUUAUUGAAUAAAAGCACCAACUUUGGCUUGUUAAACCACUGAAACUCUGUGUAAAGAUAUAGCAAUCAAAGCAUAAUCCUGUAUCGUAAUAUGUGUUAUUCCUACACUUCUAGCUCUUCCGUCGUGUAGCUGCUGCUCUGCCUGGGAUGGACAGUACACCAGAGAAGAGCAAAGAGGAUAGUAUCCUUUAUCAAUUAAACAGUGGGCCCUGUGCAUUAAUGGAACAAAGUAAGCCAUCCAUGCUUCUCUUAUUUUAACAGGACACAUGCUGCUAAUAACAUGGAAUGCAAAUUGCCCAUUGGGGUCUAAAUUUAAGUUUUCACAGCUUAGCAUUGCAUUGUACAGCAGAAACAAUGUUUAAAAAUGGCUUUAACCUAAAAAACCUGUUGUGAAUAUAUCAGUCACUCGCACAGUUAAGUGCUCUUCUAUGAUGUAAAUAACACACAGGGAAUUUGUGUAGUUAUUUAGAAAAGGCUAGGUAAAUUUUGAAUAUUCAUUAUUUGUCUGCUAAUGUAUUGGCUAUUUUUUUUUUUUAUUCUUGUUUCAGAUUUAUUUUAUUAACUAUUCUAUUUUACUAAUGGAGAGGAGUUGAGAUGCUGUGCAAUGUUAGAUAAACUAAUGAAAUGAUGAACUAGCGGGUUGGGAUGAUGAGAAAUGAGGGAUAAUUAAAAAGGGAAGUGUUCUUACAAGGUACAGAUAUGGCAGUGUGUCUGAGUGCAUGCAGGGAAUGAUAAAUGAUGCACCAGGUUACAAUCAAUAGAAAUUUAAUAAAAUUAAAUUGUGGAAAAGAAUCUAAGGUGAUAUGUGAUGAUAAAAAGUACCAGAAAAUGUUUUCAUCUUAUUCAAUUAUAAGUUAUGUUGACAUCCACAAAUGUAACAUAAAACCAAAAAACAAAGUGAAUAAGUAGUGUUGACCUUUAAGAUACUAGUUUAAAUGCAUUAAGGAAAAUAAUUUUAAAAUGACCAGGCUUGAAAACAACAACAAAAAACAAUUGCACAUUUUUAAAACUCGCUUAUUAGCACUUAUCUGUAAAUGGAGUCCUUUUGGAUAGUGAAAAAUGUACCUAGACUGUUGCCAAAUCUUUGUCAGUGAGUGCUGUAAAUAGCAUGACCUUGCUAUUGGCAGUUUGUUGGCUGCCCUGAGUCAAAGGUGUGCAAUACAUGUAGGGUUAGGUUUGAAAAACUUCAUUUGUUAAAAUUAUUAUUUUUUCCCAGGUGUAUCCUAGCGUGGUGCCAAGCCUCCUUUAAUGUCAGCUGUAUGACAUAAAAAUUCUAAGCUCUGCAGAAGCCAAAUGUCUGUCCUUCAUUGGCUGAGCGCUCUCUGCCAAUGAAUGAGUGUUUGUGGAAGGAAUAUCCACAGAAUUUACAUUGGCUAUCCCUGAACUCCUUUUACAGGCUGGCAAAUGACACUGCCGGGGAUGUAAAUCCAAUAUAAAUAGUAAAGCAUGUCCAAAUUUUUCAUAUAUAGUUUCAGGUAGGGUUAAGCUUUUUGGCCAAAUCUCUCUUCUUUUUGUCGUGAUAAAUUGUGGGAACAAGUGGAUGUAUACGUAAAACAUAGUCCAAAUCAGGAAGCAUUGUUAAUGGAAGUACAUUUAGUUUAAUACAUUUCUAGUGAUUUCUGUAGCAAAAUAAUCUGAAUACAUUUUAAAAAUGUAAAAUAAGUGGAUCAGGGUGAUAUUUAAAGUCUUCUCUACAUAUUCCUGUUUUCCUUCACAAUACUUUCUCCUCCAGUGAUUGAUAUCAAGCUAGAGAAGCCACCUGAGCAGCCUGUAACGGAGAGCGGCUGCUCUUGCUAACAUCCUUGGGUUUCCCAUGGUAUGCCUCGGAGAUCCUGACUGCUGUCCCAAUGCAUCAGAAAGGAAAGCAAAGCGUCUCUAUUUAUCUCUUAGAUUCCCAGUGUGUGGAUGCAGUGUGUGCUCCAUCAUCUAAUAAGGGGAGAGGGUGGCACAGUGACUAAACACAGCCUCCCUCACCUCACUCAAACUGCAUGGUGUCGUGUACGGUUGGAGAAUAAGAAUUUUACGUUUGUAUAGUUUUUAUUUCUUGCACUGUGGGCGCUCAAAUUGGUGCCCUUUCAAUUCUCUCAAUGUGACAAACUUUAUUGAAAAGUUGUGCUGACAUGUUCUCGUUUGUUACUGUGAAUGCACCAGGAUGCAGCCAUGUUUGCAGGAAGCUGAAACUCUGCUUGUUCAGGUUAACCCUUUCCCUCCAAGAAUGUUGAUGUGAAGUGGGAAGCACUCACGCCAAGAAUUUAGAUGCAGGGCUCUAACUAUGAAGGAGUUAAGAUUUCUGCCAAAAUCCUUUUGUUUGUAAUAUUGUUCUAGUGCUUUAUUUUACCACUGACAGCACAAAUGUCAACACCCCCACCUACACCCAACCCCAUUAUUUAUAUUUUUCAUAAACUUUUUACAAAUAAUACCAGUCUUGUACUUAACAUGCUACUGCUUUUUGCACUUUCGCCCUAUCCAUGCACUCUGUUAUGUUGGGUAGUUUUGCAGCAGGUUACCUACCUACUGCAUAUGUUCUAUGUAUGUGGCGCACACCACUCUCAAAGGGCAGUGGUUAAACAAGCUUGUUAUUCAAGCCGCAUGAAAGAUAAUGAUCUUCUUUCCAAAAUGCCUAUAACUAUUGAAUAGGGUUAGUAGUAGCAAACCUCCUAUCCUAUGUUUACUCGGUAUUCCUUUGUCUAAUUGCUUAAGCCUACUUGUGGAGUUUCAAAUUUUAGAAGCAAUAUGUUGUUUCUACAGCUUUGGAGUUGAAAAAGUUUAAAAUUAACUUGAUAUGAAUCUUUAUUGGCCAUGCCUUUUCAGAAUGACUGUCGGGUACACAAUCAGGCCUUUUUAUCUGAAGUGCCAUAACUGUAUUGGUGUGCCUGCUGAUAGCAUGAUUUCAUUUUUUUAAAUUUUUUUUUUAUUAUUUUUUUUUUUUUUUUAAAGGGUGUGCAAAACGGGAAGAAAUAUGUGGAAAGAUCUGUGCAGUUCUGGAUGUUAUCUACUGUAUUUCUUCCUCUUAUUUUGUGGGCUGAUAAAAAGCAAACCUUUGAACUGAGCGAAUGACUCAUUCUAGGCUGUGCACACCUGUCUUCUACUCCUCCCUGUGCUCCUGUAUACUCCCUGUGCUGCAUCCUGGUAGUCACGUCACUGUUUCUUUGUAUACAGGGUGGGCCUUUACUCGAGGCCAGAGCCUCUGAUCAGUCAGUUGUAUCGUUAUUGCAAAUCUCUGGAUUGUAAAAGAAGAAAAAAAUAAAUAUUGAUAAUGGAUAAAUUAUAUAGUGAAAAUGUUCUCUCCACUUGAAUAAUCCUUGGAUGUCUUAUAUUGCGUAUCUACCCCAUAUUACCUCUUCAUAGCUGUUAUCUAAGUAGGUGUGAAUAUGACUGAGUAUCUACUAUAUGAACACAGCUGUGUCACUAAAUAAAAUCUUCUCCUAUCCAUUUUGUUUCAUCUCCUUUUCUUUCUAUUUUAUUCUGUUAAAUCUGGAAUAUAGUCUGGGUUUGGUUUGUUUGGCUCCUUUAUAACUU